GGUGGAGUCGGCCGGUUCCCAAAAUAUGACCAGGGGUGCUGGGACGUGUUGGCAGCAAGAAGACGACGACGGCUUCCAAAUCUGGCUAGAGCCCCCCCGUGACCACCAAAAGCCAUUCACCGACUCCGAGAGGGCGCAGAGAUGGCGACUGUCCUUGGCAUCUCUCCUGUUCCUCACCGUCCUCCUCUCUGAUCGCCUGUGGUUCUGCGCCGAGGCCAGGCUGGCCCGGACCCCGGACAAGUUCGCGUCCUCCCACCUCCACUCCCCCCGCACCCACUCGGCGCACAUUCCCCUCACAGAGAGCCCCCACGCUAUUUUUCUAGGAAACUCCACCAAACAUCUGUGGCGCCUCGAAACUCGCCACCGGGACAGUUCGUCCGGCGACUGCUUCGCCUUCGCGGAUGCGGACGACCUGUGCCGGGGCCUCUCCGACAACCAGGGGCCGCGCGUCGCUAACAUGAGCGACUUGUACUUGUCCUUUUGUAACUCCUACUCCCUGCUGGACCUGUUCGACGGCUCGGUGAGCCCGGACAACCUGAACUGCAGCGUCCGGGCGCUGGAGGAGGGCGACGCGACGCGAUGCAGCGACUGCGUCCAGGCGUACCAGCGCUACGACCAGCACGCCCAGGAGAAAUACGAGGACUUUGAGCUCCUGACUCAGAAAUACGAGCCAGGGGCUUAUUCGGUGAGGACGUGCAUGGAGCAGUGCAAGAUGGCCUACAAGCCCUGGCUCUGUGCUCAGUACUUCCCCAACAUCAAGCAGUCCUGUCAGAGGAAGAUACCGUGCCAUUGGUACUGCCUGGAGGUCCAGCAGAGCUGCCCGUUCAUCCUGCCCGACAACGACGACCUGAUCCACGGCGGGAACCCCAGCUUCAUCUGCACAGGGCUCCUGGGAGAUCAUCCAUCAGACGGCGAGGCGGAGUGCUGCGACGUUCGAUGGGACUCCAAAAUGGACAGCCCUUCAGGCAGCACACUUAAAAGGACUGCUUCUUCCUGCCAGCCCGAGGGGGCUUCGGUCACUUCCGCCGCCAGCUCGAGACUGUGCAGCGGGCGACUGAAGAUAUGCCUGCUGGCCCUCGUCCUCCUACAAACUGUCAUCAUCAUUUCGGCCUCGCAUAACUCUACGUUGCUGGAGGUGGCCGCCAUCUUCUCGCCAGAGGAGGGCGCGUCGAACGAGGAGUGACCCUUUUUGGCGCGCCGAGGAGCGGGAUUAUGGCUUUUUACAGUGUCAUGGCCGCCAGGGACACAUCUGGCGAGACGUGCCGGAGAUGUCACUGCGAUCUGCUGCCAACGAAGCGUCCAUCACACAACACUGGAAACUGGAGAACGGGGGGCUGGGAGCGGACACCGACCCGGCCGAGGUGUUCGCCGACCACCCCCCCACAAAGAACUGACCUCUUGCCACUAGGAACCUGCUCAUUGUUUCUAUCUCAUCCAAAUGUUUUCUAGCAUAUCGUCCCUGUUUGCCUUCCCCCUCCCAACCUUCCCCCUCCUCUGGUUUCAGUGUACGGAUGGGUGAAAUGAACAUUGACAAAGUGUGCAUUCCAGCUCAUCGUCAUCGUUACAUUUUUGCUGCACUUUCUCCCCCCCCCCC